AUGCUCUGCGAUCUGGGGACGUCCAUCAUCGGGGGGCGCCUCCGCUCUGCCAAGCCCCGGGGCCCCUCGGCCGGAGCAGGCGCGGAGGCGCCGAGGGCUCCCUCGCAGCAGGGGCCGCGCGGAGGGCGCACUGGGCAGGGGUGGCAGCGGGAGCCCAGGCGACGGGCGUUCAACUUCGGCCCUGGUGGGCGCCUCACAGAUGACACUGAUGGCUCGAAGCUCGGGCUUCGCUUGGCCAAGCCCCGGACGGUUCAUGAUGAUGCCCUCAUGGCCUCGGCCGAGAGGGCGUACCACACCAUGCCAGGGCCGAGGAUGGAUCUGGUCCCCGGAGCCGCGCUCGGCCUGAUGGUCGACGGGUUCCGGACAUCCCUCCUCAACGGCUUCUACAGGCCAAGCCACGUAUUCAUCGGCGACCGCCCGACGUAUUGGGACCACACAGGGACGCAUUUCAUGUACUGGCAGGUCGACGAGGGGCGGUGGGCCAUCAGCCCGCGCACCGACGACGGCGAGGACCUUUUCCAAGACGCUCUUCGAGGGGGUACACGCGGUCUCGCCUUCGAGGACGCGGACAAUCCCGGGCAGUGGAGCGAGUUCUUUGGGGAUGACUGGGUCAACGUCUACCUGCGGGUGACGCGGAUGACGGAGUUCCCGCAACCCGUGGCGCCAGCGCCAGUCCCACACUCGGCGGCGCCCGAGCGGCCGGCGUCGCCCGAGCGGCCGGCCCCGCGGCGCUCCUCGGGCGACGAUCGCCGCGGCGGCGGCGGCCCUCCGAGAGGAGGGACCAACGAGGGUGGGGAUAUCCUGCGCUUGCUCAAGAUGCUUGGACACGUGGAGGAGGUGGUGCUCCUGAGGGGCACCAAGAAGGCGCAGCUCGUGGUGCGCUUCAGCGAGGCCCGCGACUCGCAGACCGCAUGCGACCUGGGCAAGGCCUUGCUGCCAGGACGGCUACCAGAGGCGCUGGAGCAGAUGGACCUGGCCAAGUUUAACGACGCCGUCGCAAGCGCUCGGCCAGCCUCCGCGCCCGCGGCGGCCGCCGCGGCCCCGCCAGCCGAGGCGGCCGAGCCUGCGGAAGUAGCAGCCGCCACGGCCGCCGCCGCCGCCGCGCCGGCGGCCCGCCCAGCGGAAGAGGCCGCCGAGGGCAAGAGCAGCAGCGCGGUGAAGGCCAAGAGGGCCGCCCGCGCCGACGAGACGCGCAAGCAGGCCAAGGUCAGAGAUGCGAUGAAGGCCUUCGUGAGCGCCGACCUGAGCGACGAGGGUGCGCCCGAGCGCAACGACGACGGCGCCCGGGUGGCCCUCGGCGACGACUCGCAGGCGGCCCACCCCGGGGGCGACGGCACAGGAAAGUAUUACUGCGGGCGCGACCUCGGCGUGGCCGCCAUCCCCGGCAGUGACGGUCAGUGCGGCCCCCACGGCGGCCCCCAGUGCCCCUCGUGCCUGCGACUGCAGGAGGCCGUCUCGAAGGCGCCUGGCCGGCGGCCCGCCGCCAAGAGGCCGCGGCGCGGCGCCGCGGCCGAGCCCAGGGCGAAGCCCAGGGCGUAG